AUGGGAGCUUGUCACACCAAAAGAUCAAGAAGAUAGAGUAAUGAAUGGAGGUUCAGUGAAAGACUCACUUCACAAAGAUUAGAUUUCAUUUUAUAACGAUUGUCCCUAUAUUUAGAACUCGUUGGAGAUAUUCAUUCAUUGGGAGGAUACUUGUAAGAAAAAAUAAACGAGUUGUUUUAAAUAACAUAAAAACUUACUUUAGUUAAAGAACACUUAUAGAAAAUAGAAUUACUUUAUGAAGCAUCUGAAAUAAUAGAAUACUUGUACGAUGAUAAACACUUCAGCUAAGCUUUCCCUAUUUUAAGGGAAAGUUUAUAUGAAAUCACACAAUUGACAUUAGUCACAUAGUGA